AUCUCAGCUUCCUGUUCUACAGGAAGUAGUGUUCUUGCUUACAUUUUUGGGGUCCAAGCCAAAAAGUACAGUAACUUAGUUGGUUCUGUAAAAUAAUGGUUGACAGUUGAUAAGAUUAUUUAUUUUUAUAAUAUUUUUAUUUUACGCGUUUCUUCGGCCAUGUCUGCAAGCUGCUGCUAUUUUACCGUGGUGUUUCUGGUCUCGGCUCCUUCGUUCUUGUCGUGUCUGCUAGUUACGGGCGCUCAGGUCGCCUUGGUCGAGGUUCUGAUGAGAGAACGUCCAGAUGUCAGCACCGUUCUACAAGGCGAAGUGCUCGAAGCGAACUGGGAAAGCAGCAGCGUACCCGACAAACACAAUCAACAACAAGAGAAUGAUCUCGAAGGGGACCUCAUAUUAGUGCAGGAUGAGGAGCCGCAGGUGAGCCAGGAUAAAGGUGGGGGUGUCCAAGCCAAAGACCAGGAGCCCUGGAUAGGUGUGGUGCCUGUCAAAGUGGAGGAGAGCAAAGCUUCCACUGCUGGGAACAGCCAGGAAUCCUUUGCUGCUGCCGUUGUCAAUAAAAUGGAUCUGUCCCAAGUCCUCUCUAAGCCAGUCAUUGUGAUCCAGACAUCAGAAAAUGUUACCAAGCUUAUCGGAGCACUCCUCAGGGGCCUUCAUGCUACUGUGAAAAUCACAUACAAGACUAUUCUACAGGACAACUUGGGGGCCACCCUGACGUUGUGGUCCACGUGCGGUCUCUCCAGAGGCGGUCUGUAUGGAGAGUGGCAGGGGGUCAUCUGCACCGGAGAGACCAACUCGCAGGUCCAGAAGUACCUGCAUCAGCUGUGGAACACAGUCCUACUGGUGGCUCUGAUCCUCUGUACAGGGGUCAUAGUUCAGGCUCGAUGGCAGUACCAGGACAACCAACUCAAUGACGACCUGGAGUUACCAAAACAGGACAUCCUGAAGAGACUGUCUUCCCUGAAGACCAGGAUGUACCGGCAGCCCAAACCGUGGUGUGACCCAGCGCAGCUAGAGACAGACAACUGUGCUGUCUGUCUGGAACAGUUCAACAACAACCAGUGUCUUCGCGUGCUGCCCUGCCUCCAUGAGUUCCACAGGGACUGUGUGGAUCCGUGGUUGCUCCUGCAGCACACCUGUCCUCUGUGUAAACGCAGCAUACUCAGUAACCUCUGUAGAGACAGCUAAUGGUAGCCUUGGCCCAACUCCUCACCCCACUGACCAGGGACCAGUUUUUAAAAACUUUUAAUCUGUAUCAGAAUUUCGAUUCUGUAAUCCCCAUUUUUGCUAUCCAGUUUCAGAUCAAUCUGGCUGUUUUUGAGCCAGUUUUCAGAAAAAAAUCAGGAUCAUUCUGAUCCAGAUAACACAAUAUCAAGAUCACAGAAUUUGGAUUUUCAGUGUUUUGAACAGGCCUAAAUCUUGCCAUCUACUGGACAAAUUGUGGUACCACUUCUACACUGUCAUAGGAUAACAGAGAUGAGUGAACUACAUGAAUGGGGGAUCAAGAUAAUCCCAGUUUUUGGCAUCAAAACUAUCCUAAUCAGUAUCUUUUAGAGUUUUGGCAUGAUUUAAAAAAUGACAUGAUUAAAGGUCAGAUUGGAUUACCAAAUCCUUAUCCGGGGGAUCAUAAUCACAUUUUUCAGUUACACUUUUGUAAUAAUUUUGAAUCCUGUCCGAUUCCAGAAUCCGAUCAGAUAACUUCUGAAAAGCUGGGCCCAGAACAUUGGGAUCUUGAAGUCUUGUAGUCUGUCGUGACUUGUUUUCAGUAGCAGUUCCAGACCUCACCUCUUCCUCCUGCACUGGAUUGUGGUCAGGGGAGCUCCUCCCAGCAGCUGGCCUUCUUAUUGGACAAUGUUGACCUCUGACCUUUUGUGGACAGCCAAUCCUGAAGCAGCUUCACUUAUGUGGUACUGUAAAACAAAUGUUACCGUACUGGUGUUGAAACAAACAGUACUUUCGUCCUGGGAUAACAUACUGUACAAUGACGUUACUCUAUUCUCCCACCCACCUCUCUCUCGUUGUAUGUGUGAUAGAGUACUGGUGCCUCAUGGUGAAAGUGUCUAUACAUGUGGAGAAUUCUAGGACAUUCUAAUGUUCUGUGAAUCUGGUGGAAUUCCAUGUAUGUUCUUUACAGAGAAAUGAAUGAAGUCCAAGGCAUUUUAAUGUAAAAAAAAUAAGAUAUAGCUAGGUAUAUUUGCAUGGAUGUUAAAUGCAAUAUGGUACAAAGCAUGGAUAACAGUGUGUUGCUAACUGGCCUCAAAACGCAUCUGGUCAUGUGGGGCCCAUAUUCCACCAUAUCACAGGGUCAGUAUAAUCUCAAAAGUUAAUUUAAAUUUGUGUAGAUGGACUAAUUUCAUCCAGACGAUUAUUGUGUACUCUGAGUCCAAUUUCAAAGUUUGUUAAUUCUGAAUUAAUAUGAAUAAGGGCAGGGAUUAAUUAUGUAGGGGUAACAAUUAAAUUGUUACCCCUACAUUUGUUAAACUCUGUAGAGAGACUGCUCUGUGAGGUAAAUACCAGAUAACCAGAGUAGCUGUACAGAGACAGACACAGCAUGUUACAAACACAGCCGCACUUAAGAGUGUACUACUUGACAGUACUUAUGUUAUAUUAAUCCUUUGUAGUCCUUAAAUUAUUUUAUUAUAAACCAGUGACCUUGUAGAACUGAAACAGACUUGACCGUGUAUAGUAUGGAAAGGUCAAAUGGAGUCAACUUGUAUCAACCACUUUCACUCAACCACAUCCCACAGGCUGUCAUUGUAAAUAAGAAUUGUUCUUAACUGACUUGCCUAGUUAAAUAAAAGGUUAAAUUAAAUGUAAAAAAAUCUAGCAACACCUAGAGUAUUCACAUCAGCUAAUCACUAGAGAAAUAUAGCUGCAGUUUCCAUCUUUCACCAUCCUAUGGUAUUAUGUUGCCACUAGAACAUUUUAAAGUCAACACCCAGUUCCCACAGAAAUACUCCAUUGGAAAAGCUCUAACCACAGUAUUAAAUGUAUUUAUUAUUUUGUUUGUUUUGAAAGAGAACUUCAAAAAGCUAAUUGUAUUUUUUUUUGUACAAAAAUGCUCUUAUAGAUCUUUCUAUAGGAUUCUCUUGUUAUAAAGUAGUUGUGCAUGGAGAGUCAGAAGCCUCUAGAAGCUGUUCGAUGUCUGUCUGAGGGACAUUUGGCCUCUUAGGCUGCACUUCUAAACACACACACACACACACACACACACACACACACACACACACACACACACACACACACACACACACACACACACACACGACUGUUGUUAUAGCAGCUCACUUUUUGGGUUGAGGCUGAACCAUGGUGAGUGGGGGGAUUGGCUGGGUGAGGAGAUAUUAACUACCACAGACACUCACUUCUUUCAGACAUUGCACACACACGCUGCCACCCCUGGUCCUGGCCUGCCUGUCAUUUUGAUGUCUAGUCCUGUAUUUAACUGACAUUCAUUGUUCUUCUAGAUCCAGCAGACAGUGGUUUCAGUCUGACAGUCAGGCCGGUCGCACUGGUUCUCUCGUCCUAUUGGAGUCUCCUCGCUCUCAUUUUACUCAUAUGUUCCUUGUUCAUUUGAUGACCAUGUCAAAGCUAAUGAUUCCAUCACUUCAAAUCUUAAUAAAUGGAUUUGUUACAUGGCAAAAAUAAAUCUUGUCAUUCAGUCAGCACUUUGGUUUAACUGAAUCAAUCUACAAUAUUGGACUAAACAACUGAAACUAAACCAUUCAAAUGUGUCUCUAAACAUUCCACCAACAGGCCACUUGGCAACCAAAGUUCUGUUCUGUUAUGGAACUAAUCAUUGGUGUCCCUUUGCAAUAGAAAAUGGAAAACUAGAAUGUCUUUGCUAAAAGAGAACAGAACAAGGCCUAUAAAAAUGGCCUGGUCAGUGAAUCCCGGUAGAAAGAAUCUGACUGAUGAGGACUCUGGGAGGGGACAUCAAUCAGGGCUCAUGACCUUUGAGCCCAGAUUAUCUUUCUCUCUCCUUCCUUUCCACGUCGUCCCGUCUUGUACGCACCGUCCGCUAGGUCAGUUGGUCUCCAUGGCAACACCUAUCAGGAGGGGAUCAUUCCUUUGUUCCUCUUGCGGUCGGACAUAGCCCUGCGGUUGUGGUUGGCUCCCCUGCUUUUGUGGGCCUCCUUCUUGCGUCGGUCCAGAAGGGUCUCUGUUGACUGGCCCUGGCCUUUAGGUUUACCCACCACGUCUCUCUCUCUGGCAGGCUCCGGACGGUACCUAGGAGGAGGAGAGAGGGAUUCAAAUGGGAAAUGCACACAUUUCUCAUAAGCUAACCUCAAUUUAGAAUGUCUUACAUUGUAAGACAUGUAGCAGAACUUAGUGUGUGUGUCUCCGUACCCCUUCCUGUGUUGCAUGGUAGCUCUCCUGGCCUC